GACAGAUCACGCGAGGUUUCUCUUUCAGUUACUGGCUCGAAAUUUGAAUUUUCUUCGGAGGAAGAGUUGAGGCCAACUCUGGAGGCGAAGAGUUUUCUCCUGAAUCGGUACCCUGACUAACUCAAUGUGAACAGAGUUAUAUUCUUCUCCUGUGCUGGAUGCUUUUAAUCAUGUCAUGUCUCUACUAAAUGUUAUUUGUGAAGUUCUUGAGUACUUUGGAAUAUCACCUGACAUACUCUUAUCACUACGGCAAAGGAAACCGUAUGGCCAGUCUCGUAGCAUUGUACGAAGAAUAGGUUCAGCUCUUCCAUUAAAUCAUUGGCCCAGAGUCUGCUUUCAGCUUUUAGAAAGACUACAUAUACCUGACUUCACUACAUAUACCCCUGAACCUACGGUUCCAUCUCUGGCUGAUGCAGCAUGGAUUGCUGAUGAUGAAGGUGAUACUUUCAUUCGAUUUAGGAAUGAAGUGCGCACAGCAGAAGUCCAAUGUAUGAUUAGUUCAAUGCAAGAGCAUUACAAGUCUACAAGUUCAGUAAAUCAUUUAAAAAGAAAGAACAAUACUUGGUACAAUGGAGUAUCAAAUGAAAAUGCCUUAAAUAAAAUCUCUCAACUUGAAGAUGAAUUAUCUCGUCUGAGGUCACAGAUUGCCAUGAUUAUUUCAGGACAAGAUCAAGGACAAGGUUCUGAUUGUUUAAGUCAGUUAAAAUCAAAUGGUUUGGAAUCAAAUGGCUUUUCUGUUCCUGGUACUCCUGCCUUCAUUCCUCCUCCAAAAUUAGCAUCAACACCACUUGGUGCUUUGAGUAAUCCAUCUGUAGCAGCUACUGAGCAAGCACUGCCACCACCACCCCCGCCACUGCCACCAUUAACUACUGAAAAUAAUGUUGCUGCAACUAAAGAUCUCAAACAAGACUGCCGGACUUUGAAGAUAAAUUCUAGAGAUGCGACCAUCAAACCAAUGCUAACUAAAAAACCCUCAAAUUCCUUUAACAUGAUGGAUGUAUUGAAGGACAUGCAGAAUGUCAAAUUAAGAGUAGUAGAAAGGUCACCAGGCGGGACACCUAUAGGGAAGAAAUCUGCAAGGAAACCACCUAUUUCUGAUCCAGCAGCACUUAUUGCUGAAGCUUUAAAACAAAAGUUUGCACACAGGUACCUUAAUGAUUCUUCUGAUAAGGAAAAUGAGUCCUUUGAAUUUUCUCCUCUAUCAAGUCCAGAGACUUCAAGGUUUGGGCAGUACACCCAAAGACGUGACAACCAAAAUUCUGUGAAGAGUGGUAAAAUAGUACAACCAGGAAUGUAAAUGUUUGCAAAUACUAUUAAUUAAUCAGGGAAAAAAAAAGUAGGGCAAUACUGUAAGAGGUGUUUUGUAAAAUGGAUACAAGUGACAGAAGAGAUGCUUCACCAUAAAACUCAUGCACUGAGUAUAACUUGUUAUUUAAGAAGGCUAGUGCAAGGUAUUGUAAAUUUUAAAUGUGGUGUUUUCUAAAUUAGCUAGAAUUUGUUAAACUAUUUUUGUAAGAAUUUUUCCACAGAGACCUUAUUAAAUUCAAAAAAUUGCAUGCUUGGAAAAUUUUGGUUAAUUUUGUGUCAGCACUAAAUAAUCUUUUUAAUUGAUGUUUCUUUUAUCUUUGGAUUAUACUUGUAAAUUUUGAAAUUAUUGUCUCUAUAGCUGUGAUUAGAAUUAAGUGGGAUAAAGUCUUGUAAAUGUACAUUUCAUCAAUUAAACUGUGAGUGAA